AUGACCAACAGCGGCUUUCUAGCAGCGACAGAGAACUUUCAGAUCUUCGCUCAAAAUUUAAACGUCUCUGCAGCCGGCGAGAGAGGUGCGCUUUCCAUGCUCUCCACCACAUUUGAUCUUGCACGCGCUGGCCACGCCAUGCUCAGCUCUCGUCUCAUCUCACCGGCCACUACCCGCCGUUGGCUCCACCCUGUCGCUGACACAUCCAACCUGCGCAAUGCCGUCGGUCGCCCCUGGGAGAUCUACCACGCCGGUCAACAGGUUAAUAACACCAUUGUCGACGUCUUCACCAAAACUGGCUCGGUCGGACACUAUGCGAGCUACUUUGGUCUGGCUCCAGACUUCAAUGCGGGCUUUGCCAUCCUAGCUCACGAUACAGAAGCUCCCCGCGGUCCAGAUCUGAACGUUUAUGCGGAUAUCGUGUCACUAGCCAUCGUGCAACUGCAGAAGCUUGCCGCUGCUGAAAUGGCUGCGCAAUAUGCUGGCACCUUUGAUGGGCCGGCGGGUACUGCCACAUUCAACAUCUCCAGCGACGGUCCAGGCUUGGUUGUGUCGAGUUUGAAGGAAGGUGAAGUCGAUCUGCGUGCUGAAUUUGCUGCUGCUGCCGGCAUCGAGCUGCAGAAUCUUGACUUCCGCCUGUAUCCGAGCAAUGUAGCGACCAAGACGCAGCAUCAGUUCAUAGCAGUCUUUCAAGAUAAGAGUGCUCCAGCUGAUAUGGGUACGCCCACUUGCAUCACUUGGCAGGACGUUGGCUCUUUGGGAUCGAGUGUUGACGUCCGUUUUGUAUUCAAUAUGGAUAGCUUCAAGCAGGCCACUGAUGUCACUCUCGCUGGACGUUCUCUAGCGUUGACAAGAAUGGCUUGA